AGAGUGGUGGUUGUGGAAGACAUAAAACGAUGGAAGUGUAUGCUUGAACUUCCUGGGCAACCAAAAGAGAAUUUGAUUGAAGCUUUGGAGGAGCUGAAGAAGAAGAUACCUUCCAAAGAAGUGUUACUUUCAACAAAAAUAGGUCACACAGUGAAUAAGAUGCGCAAACAUUCAGAUCACGAUGUGGCCAGCCUCGCCAAAGAUAUUUACACGGAGUGGCGAACUUUCAUCAAAAACCAUUCAAACAAGCCCUCAAUAGAGGUCAGGAGCGAUCCCAAGAGCGAGGCUUUCAGAAAGAACGCACGGAAGCUGCUUUGUGAAGCCCUGGAUCUAGAGAUUGAUCACCCACUGGCUGAAAAUAUUGAGCGAGAAGCUUUUCAUCUCUCUUCCCGUCUCAUUAGCACACCGUAUCGCAGAACGGUGCGAGCUCUUGUCUUCUCAUUAAAGCACAAACCUGAAAUCCGAGCAGAAGUCAAGACUGGCACGCUCACUGUCCCUGCGUUUGUACAGAGCCAUAAAAAGUGA